AUGCAUCUAGGACCUCUCAAGAAAGCAAUAACAAGAAUUGUUAACAAAAACACCAUGAACAUAGGACAAUUUGAAGAUACACCAAAGGUCAAAUGUAACCAUAAAAACAGCUACAACCAACAACAAUCCAGCAACUACGAACACAGCGACAACAAACAACGCUCCAGCAACCACGAACACAGUGACAACAAACAAUGCUCCGGCAACUACAAACACAGAGACCACAAACAACGCUCCAGCGACUACGAUCACAGCGACAACAAACAACACUUCAACAACUACGAUCACAGUGACAGCAAACAACGCCCCCACAACCACGAACACAGUGACAACAAACAACGCUCCAGCGACUACGAAUACACCGACAACAAACAACACUUCAACAACUACGAUCACACCGACAACAAACAACGCUCCAGCGACUACGAUCACACCGACAACAAACAACAUUGCAGCGACUACGACCACAGUGACAACAAACAACGCUCCAGCGACUACGAACACAGCAGCAACAAACACUGCCACAUGUAG